AUGUCUUUCCUAUUCGGCGGUCGCCCCCAGCUUUCUUCUGAGCAGAAGAUUGCUGCUGCAGAGACUGAAGUCGAGAUGGUAUCCGAUAUGUUCAACCGCUUGACACAAUCGUGUAACGCAAAAUGUAUCCCAACAGAGUACCGAGAAUCUGAUUUGAACAAGGGGGAAUCUGUCUGCUUGGACCGCUGUGUCUCCAAGUUUUUUGAAGUGAACAUCAAAGUUAGCGAGAAGAUGCAAGGCGAGGCUGCCAACAGACAAGGUGGCGGUGGUAUCGGCGGCUUCGGCAUGUAA